CAAAAACAUUUUUUCCUUCAAGAAAGCGAACCAGAUGCGAUCAUGCGUUGUACGGGCUCGUGAUUCAAACGUGUUGUAUUUCAUUUGUUAUAAUAAUAGAUUUAUUAAGUAGCUUAUUAACUCAGCGAUGUGAAAUGGACUCACUUAAGAGACCCGCAAGAUCAAUUGUGUGACCUGAAACAAUUUACUUUCAGUUUUUCAAAAAAGGAAGUUAGCGCGACUGUGAGGCCAUGGUGUGAUGUGUUAUUAUGGAGACCAGAGGAGAAGAAGAGGUAGCAGAUGGCCAACCAAUUCAGCCAUCCAACGCUAAUGAAUGUUCCUCCGAUACAAGACAGAAGUCGUCCAGUGAAAACAUGGAUGUGGAUGAAGAUGAUUUAUUCAAACACUCCACCACCCUUACCAACAAGCAGCGUGGGAAUGAGGUUACAGUAAGGCCAGCAACAUUAGAUUCUCUGUCCAUACAUCAGCUGGCAGCUCAGGGUGAUGUGUCACAAGUGGCUGCACACCUGAGUAAAGACAGUUCACUGCUCAGUUGUCAGGAUGAACGAGGCUUUACGCCUCUCAUGUGGGCAGCAGCGUUUGGAGAGAAAGCAGUGGUAGACCUUCUUCUGGAGAAGGGUGCAGACCCCAAAACAAUUGCAAGGGAGCGAGAGAGUGCUCUGACGCUGGCCAGCUCCGGGGGUUAUGUGGACAUUGUUGAGUCUCUUCUCAGACAUGGAGUGGACAUUAACACAUAUGAUUGGAAUGGUGGAACGCCUCUUCUUUAUGCUGUACGUGGGAAUCACGUCAAAUGUGUAGAGGCACUACUGGCAAAAGGAGCAGAUAUGACCAUCGAGUCAGACUCUGGGUACAGUCCAAUGGCCUUAGCUGUCGCCCUGGGACACAAAAAAAUUCAGAAAGUGUUGGAGGACCAUAUCCUGAAACUCUACAAGCCACCAACAUGAUUCAGCGGAAGUAAAUACAUGGACAAUUUGAUGGAGCAGAUCUGAAAUUCACAAAUGAUCGUGUGAGAUGGUGAAGACAUCUGUCUCACCAAAAAGUCAACUUUUGUAGAGGGAUUAAUGUAGUAAACUGGAUUUGUUCAUUUAUAAACUGUUGAAUCCACAGGAAUGCAUUACCUUUAAUGCUUUACAAUGUAAAAAGUUAGUACAAGGACUACAAUGUGACAGUGGUGCUGCAGAAAUUCUUUGGACUUAGAAAAAGCAAAAACAAAAGUCAGCAAACAGGAAUAAAUAAAAAAUAUUUUUUUAAAGUGGAA